AUGGGGGGGGGGGGGUGGUAUUGGGUGAAUGAGGAUGGGGGGGGUUGGGGAAUGGGGGUGGGUGGGGAUUUGGUUAAUGUAGGAUUGGGGUGGGUAUGGGGAGGGGGGUUUGGAUGGGGUGGGGUGGUUUUUGGUGUAUUGAGGAUGGGGGGGGGGGUUGGGGGAUUGUGGGUGGUGAUUUGGUUAUGGUGGUUGGGGAUGGGGUGGGGUGGUGUUUGGGUUAAUGGAGAUGGGGGUUGGUUGAUUGGGGGUGGGGUUAUGAUGGUUAAGAGUAGGGGGGUUGGUUGGGGUGGGUGUGUGAUGGUUUUGGUUGUUUGGGUGGAUGGGGGGUGGUGGUGGGUGGUUGGGGGGGUGGUGUUUGGGGUAGGUGAUGGGGGGGAUGGGUGGGUGGUGAUUUUGGUUUAUGUGAUGGUUGUAUGGGGGGGGGGGUGGGGGAUUGGGGAGGGUGGGUGGGGGGUGGUAGGUUUUAUGUGGGUUGUUGUUUUGAGUGGUAGUGUUUGUUGGGUUGGGUUGUGUUUAGUAGUAGGGGGUUGUGGGGUGGGGGGUGUGGGGGUAUGGGGGUUUUGUUGGUGUGGUGGUGUGGUUGUUUUUUUUUGUGUUGGGGUUAUAUUUGAGUUGGGGGUGGUAUUGUGGGUGUGGUGUGUGGGGGGUGGUGUGUGUGGGGUGGUGUGUGGGUGGUGGGUUGUGGGGGUGUGUGUGGGGGUGUGUGUGGGGGUGGUGUUGGGGUGGGAGUUGAUGGUUUGGGGUGUGUUGUGUGGAUGGUGUGUUGGUGGUGUGGGGUGUGUAUGGGUGGGGGGAUGUGUGGUGGUGGUAAUAGUGGUGGGAGGUUUGUGUGUGGUGUGUGUGGGGUGGUUUUGGUGGUGUGUGUGGGGGUGGUUUGUGGGGUGUUUGUGGGGGUGGUGUGUGUGGUGGUUUUGGGGGAUGGAGAGUGGGGAUAGGGAGUGUGGGGGUGGUGUUAUGUGGGUGUUAGUGGUGGGGAGGUUUGAGUUGGGGAGGAGAGUUGGGGUGGGAGAGAGGGUGGGUAGGAGUGGGGAUGUGUGGGGUGGGUGUGGGGUGUGUGUGUGGGGUGGUUUUGUGGGUGGGGGAGUGGGGGUGGUGUGUGGGGUGGUUUGUGUGGGUGGGUGUGUGUGGGGGUUUAAUAGGUUAAGGUUGGUGUGUGAUUUUGUUUGUGGUGGUGGGGAUGUUUGUGUUGUGGUUGUGGGGGUGUUGGGGUUUUUGGGUGGGGGGUUGUUUGGGUUUUUGGUUGGGUUGUUGGGGGGUGGGUUGUGGGGGGGUUUAGGGGGGGUUGGUGGGAGGGGGGGGGAGGGGAUGGGGUAUGGGGUGUGGUGGGUAUUUGGUGUGGUGGGGGGUGGGGGGGGGUGGGGGGUUGUGUGGGGUUGGGGGGUUGUGUGUUGGGUGUGGGGGUGGGGUUUGGGUUUUUUUUUUUGUGGUGAUGUGGUGGGGGAUGGGGGUGUGGGGUGUAGGGGUUUUGUGUUGGGGUGGGUUGGGGGGGGGGAUGUGGUGAUUGUGGUGGGGGGGGGGUUUGGGGGGGGGGGGUGUGUUGGUUGUUGUGUGGGUUGUUGGGUGGGGGGGGGUGUUGGGUUGGUGGUGGGGGGGGUGGUUGGGGGGGGGGUGUGGGGUUGGGGUGGGGGGGUUGGGGUGGGGGUGAUUAGGGUGUUGGUGUGGGGUUGGGGGGUUGGGGUGGUGGUGAUGGUGUUUGUGUUGGGGGGGGUGUUGGGGGGGGGGGGUGUUUUGGUUUUUGUGUGGGGGGUUAUUGGGGGGAGGGGGGGGAGUGGGGGUUUGUGGUGGGGGGGUGUUGGGGGGGGGUGUUGGGUUUGGUGUAUGGGGGGGUAUAUUGGGGGGGGGGUUUAG